UGUCUUCCCAGUGCAAGAUCCUGCGCUGCAACUCCGACUUUGUGGCAGCCACGCUCAACCUGCGCGGCGCGGGCCGCUCUGCCGCCUACUGCACGGCGCUGCGCUCCUACUCGCACUGCACACGCCGCACGGCGCGCACCUGCCGCGGCGACCUGGCCUUCCACUCCGCCGUGCACGGCAUCGAGGACCUGAUGAUCCAACACAACUGCUCCAAGGACGGUCCCACCUCACCUCCCCGGCCGCGCGCGCCGACCCCGGAUCACCAAAGCUUCCCGGCUUCGGAGAUGUGCGACUACGAGAAGACGUUCCGCUCCAAGCACGGCCGCCCGCCGCGCUACCGGCACUGCGCCGCCUUCGGGGACCCCCACGUCCGCACGUUCCACGACGAUUUCCACACGUGCCGGGUGGAGGGAGCCUGGCCGCUGCUGGACAACGAGUAUCUCUUUGUGCAAGCCACCAGCGCGCCCGUGGCUGAGGGCUCCAACGCCACCGUCACCAGCAAGGUGUGCGCCUGAAGGGUGGGAGAGGGGCCAGACCCCGUCGGUGCCAGGGACCCACGGCGUGUCAGGAGUCACUAGAGGGGCCAGGGAACCCAUCAUGUAUCAGGGGAGCGCCAGGAGGGACUAGGGAUCCCAUAGGUGUUUGGGACCCCGUAGAGUGCCAGGAACCCCAUAAUGUGCCAGGAGGGGCCAGCGAUCCAACGGAGUGCCAGGGACCCACACUGAGUCAGGGGUCCCCAGAAAAGCCAGAGAACCCAUAAGAAGUCACAGGGUCGCAAAGAGGUGCCACGGACCCCAUAGGGUGACAGGGACCCACCAGUGUGGCAGGGGUCACCAGGAGGAGCCAGGGACCCCAUGAUGUAUCAGGGGUCCCCAGGAAGUACAAGAAACCCCAUAAGAUGCCAGGGAUCCCAUAAUGUGUCAGGGGUCCCCAGGGGUGCCAGGAACCCAUUAAGGUGCCAGGGACCCCACAGUGCGUCAGGGGUCACCAGGAAGGACAGGGAUCCCAUAAAGUGCCAGAGACCCCAUAGUGUGUAAGAGGUCCCUAGGAGUUUCAGGUAUCCCAUAACAAGAUGGGGGUCACCAGUAGGGGACAGAAACCCUAUAGGGUGCCAGGACCCCAAAAUGUGUCAGAGGAUCCCCUGUAGGCACCAGGAACCCCACAGGGUGUCAGGGACCCCAGAACAUAGCAGUGAACCUACAGGGGUGCCAAGGAUUCUCAUAACACAUCAGAGACCCUUAGGGGAUAUCAGGAACCCCAUUGGGUGCCGAGGACCCCAUAAUGUUCCA